AUGGCCAAGCAGAUUCCAUUCUUUCUGCGAUGUGGCUGCUUUGGUUGGGAUGGUCGGCCGAGUCGUUCUUGGACUGCGGAGGCUCGUGGUGCCAUCCUCACGGAACGGAUGCUGCAGCAGGUCAUGGACGGCGCAGCAUCGAGAAUUGUGCCGUGGAAUCCUGACGAGUGGAAGAGCAUCGAGACUCUGCAGGAGCCCGGCAAAAGUCGAGCGUUGGUGGGUUCGGUUGAGCGCAAAGCCGACCACCUGACCUUGGCUGUCAAGCGUUUACCGAACAGGUGGAUCAAGAAAGGGCAUGGUGAGUUCGCAACGAGCAACCCACAAAGCUCAGAGAAGCCCUGGGUCGACAUUGGGAUGCUCCGGUACCUCAAUGCACUAGGGUUUCCGCAUGUGUGCGAUUUGAUGGGCAUCUUUCGCGACGAUGACUUCACGUAUGUGGCGACACCGCUGGCGACCGAAGGAGAUUUAUUCCACUGGGUGGAACAUGCAUCAUGUCCACCUGGCAAAGAGCGUGAAAGCAUUAUCCGUCCUAUGAUGGUGCAGGUGUUUUCAGCUGUGAAAGAGCUGCACGAGAUUGGCAUUGCGCAUCGUGACAUCUCACUAGAGAAUAUACUGUUGACACGACGUCCGGAUGGAGGUCCGCAGAUCAAAGUGAUCGACUUCGGCAUGGCCACGCUGUCCCAGCGGUGUAGUGCAGAAGUUCGUGGAAAACAAGCUUACCAGGCUCCCGAGAUGCACACCGAUAUCGAAUACGAUGCCUUCCUCGCAGAUAUUUUUGCUGCUGGAGUCGUUUUGUACGCUAUGGCUCUCAGCGAUUAUCCGUGGACCUGCACUAGGGCAGGCUCCUGCAGCAUGUUCGAUUUCAUUCACUCCUGGGGUUUUCCGGAAUUCAUCAAGAACCGGAAGUGCCGAGCUGCCUCCAAGACUUACAUUGUCCAGGUGUUGUCGCCUUCGCUAUGUGAGCUCGUGGAGGGUCUCCUUGAGCUCCACCCUGAAGAGCGGUUCUGCCUCGGAGAGUCAUGUUUUGAUGUGCAGGGUCCGAAUGGUCGAUGGUCAGCCUGGGAUAUGGCAUGGAUGAAGCGUGCAAAUUCCCGGGAAACCUGUGCUCUUUGGUAA